AUGGCAACCACCGCUCAAAUGCAGAGACCUUACCCACCAAUUUAUCACACCCCUCAAUCAAACUCUCCAGCCUCUGUAGCCUCACAACCGCAUGAUCAGCAUGGUCAAAACAUUUACACUCAGUCGCCACAGAUGCCACCCCAAAUGUACGGCUAUCAGCCAUACUCCCCGAUAAACCCUAUUCAUCAUCCCUCUUAUGCCACUCAUGCAUCACCUCAACCGCAUCCCCUCACAUCCCAGUCUAUGAUGAUGGCCACUCAAACGAGUACAGCACAGAUGUCUCCUCAUCAACAAUCAGCGACCCCCAAUACAGCUCUAUCCAGCAGUCCAACUAUGAAGAUGGACUCGGCACCACAGCAAUCUAGUUCCCAGCGAUCAAUGCUCGGUCCUACACUCCCAGCACCAACCAACAGCAGCCUCCCAGCAGGGAAUGUUCAACAGUCUUCCCUUGGAGCAAGCUCAAGCGCAGCACCAGGCCCUAUUCCUGCCACCACGCCACUUGUUGUACGACAGGACAGUAACGGGGUACAAUGGAUAGCCUUCGAGUACUCCCGGGAUAGAGUAAAGAUGGAAUACACAAUCCGCUGUGAUGUCGAAUCUGUCACAGUCGACCAUCUCAGCCAGGAGUUCAAGACAGAAAACUGCGUGUACCCCCGAGCAUGCUGCAGCAAAGACCAAUACCGUGGUAAUCGGCUGGUCUACGAGACUGAAUGCAAUGCUGUUGGAUGGGCUCUAGCAGAGCUUAAUCCAGCAUUACGAGGCAAGCGUGGCCUGAUCCAGCGAGCAGUUGAUAGUUGGAGAAACAGUAACCAGGAUCCUCGACUUCGGAGCAGACGAGUGCGCCGUCAGCACAAGAUGAACCGUCGACAGUCUGUUCAGCCUCCCUCUACUCCCCACAUGCCUCCAGCCGCACCCCCUAUCCAGAGUGGAAUGACCGUAAUUCCUUCGGGGCAGAGAUCUAGUAUUGGACCCUUGAUGGGGCCACCCAUGAUACACCACCAUGCCCAACCAGAUGGUAGCCCUAAGCUUGAACAAGUCAGCGGCACCGCGGAUCACAGCCUCGAAGCCCAGCGUCCCAUCGACGCAGGCCGUCUACCACCCGCACCACUCGGUGCAACCGAUAUCCGACCAGCACAGGUCUUCCAUGAUGGACACCCCGUACCCGCACCAUCCAGCGUCAUUUCAUCAAUGCCGCCCCUUCUCCGUGACAGCGGUCUCGGGUCUCUCAGCCGGCACCAAACCAUAGCAACAUCUAGCCGAAUGGCAUCCGGCGCCGAUCUAGACGACGAACAAUCCCCCAGCAACGACGAUCUCUUCGGCCAGUUACCAGAUGGUAAGCGGCGGACUUUUAUCCUUGUCGAGGAUCCUCAGCGUGGAUCGCGGGUCCGGGUCAAGGUCGGCUUGGAUAAGGUCAAGAUGGAUGAGAUUCCAGAUUCUUACCGUCGCGACACGGCCGUGUAUCCGCGCACUUACUUCCCUACGCAGAUGAGGGAUGCGCCUAUGCUCGUUGAUCCGAGUAAGAGGUUCUUUGCCGAAGAUGAAGACCACACGGCAGAUGCGGAGGACUCCACUAUGGGCCGAACGAGCGUUCCUGCUCCAUCGAUGGAGAACGAUAGUGCGGUGGAGGUUCCUAAACUUUCGCGUCGGCACCACCGGAAAGAGGUAAUGUUGAAUGAUCUCGCAUACCGACUUAGCUGGAGUCAGAGUCGAGUCUUUGCGGGACGAAUGCUAUUUUUGCAACGGUCGCUGGAUGCCUAUCGCAAUAAAAUGCGGACUAGUAUGAUCGCCGCGGGCCAAGAGGCAUCAGAUAUUCCAGAGCAUUUCGAUACUCGACGAGGAAAGCGGCGAUUCCUAGAACGCGCUCGUCGACUGGAAAGUGAUGGACCCUCUGCGGCACAACGCAGCGCUGAAGAAGUUGAGGGAUAA